CCCUACUUAAAAUCUCCGAGCAGGCUCCGCUUCGGCACGCAGAGACCCGAGAGCGGCAGCGGCAGCAUACUCGACUCGAGCCGCCGGAGCAAGCAAGCAAACACGCACGCGCGCGCGGCUUUAGUCUAGUUUGAGCUCGAUCAGGCGCGCGCGCAGGGAGGCAGGCGGCAGCGGCGAUGGCGAUCGUGGGCGCUGAGUACUGCGACCCGGAGGAGCGCGUCCUGACGGUGCGCAAGACCUCGCACUUCUCCCCCGGCGACGGUUUCGCGGCCUACGACCACCGCACGGGCCGGCUGGCCUUCCGCGCCGACACCUACGGCCGGGGCCACGGCGGGGGCGCGGCGUCGGCGGGAGAGCUCGCGCUGCUGGGCCCGGCCGGGGAGCCGCUCCUCACCGUGCGCCGCCGACGCCCGUCCCUGCACCAGCGCUGGGAGGGCUUCCUGGGCGCCCGCGCCGGCGGCCAGAAGCCGCUCUUCUCGGCCCGCCGGUCCUCCAUCCUCGGCGGCGCCGCGGCCGGCGCCGUCGUCGAGCUCCUCCCGCCGCCCUCCUCCUCGCCGCCGCCGGGCGCCGCCCCCGAGCUGCUCCGUGUCGACGGGUCCUUCGCGCGGCGGUGCUGCCGCGUGGUGGCGGCGCCGAGGGCCGUGGGGGAGAAGGCGAAGCUGGUGGCGGAGAUCAGGAGGAAGGUGGACGAGGGGACGCGCGUCGUCAUGGGCCGGGACGUGUUCGUGCUCAAGGUGAGCCCCGGCUUCGACGCCGCGUUCGCCAUGGGGAUCGUGCUCGUGCUCGACCAGAUCGCCGGCGAGGAUCCCGGGGCCGACGACGCCGGAGCGGACGCCCUGGACGCCAAGAUCUGGUGACCGGUUUUUUAGGCCGCGUCCUGGUUUAGCUGUGUAUAGACGACCUCGCGGUCGAUCUUGUUUUCUUCUCCUUUUUCCUGCGCGCGUGCUCGUGUGUGCGCUUGGCUCCGGAGAAAUGGCAGAGCAGAGUACGUGCUCGAUUUCAACUUUUGGA